AUGAUGGGACCUUGGUUUGGUUAUCUCAAGUUAUUCAAUACUGGUUUGGAGAAAUUACCUACUGUAAAGGGCAAAGUGUGGCGUGGGAUAUCUAUUAAUAUAGCUGACAACUUGAAAGAAAAUCAAGAUAUCAUUUGGGGCUGUUUCAGUUCAUGUUCAUCUUCAAUUCAUGUAAUUAAGCCUUAUCUUGAUAACAAGGCGAUGCUUUGCUCAAUCGAAACGAUAAGUGGCAAGAAUAUUCGUGGUUAUACCCGUUGUAUAAAAGACGAUGAAGUCUUAUUGCUUCCAGGUAUCCAUUUACGUGUUAAAAAGAUCGGUUAUGAUUCUUCUAUCCGCCAACGUGUUAUACAGUUGGUAGAAAUCGCUGAUGAAAAUCGUAACCAGUCGGCAUCUAUUCAUAAUCCUAUAUCUUCAACAAACAAAUCAGUUGAGAAUGCUUCAGUCAAUGGAGAGAUCUACGAGGACCGCUCUGCUGACGCGAAAGCAAGUGGAGAUGGAGUUCGUAUUUGUUCAAAUGGUGAUCGUUAUGAAGGAGAUUUCAUGAAUGGUAAGAUGCAUGGAUAUGGUAGUCUCUCUUGUGCUAAUGGUUAUACAUAUAUGGGUUGUUGGAUAGCUGAUAAACCUUAUGGUAAUGGAAUAAGUACCUGGCCGAAUGGAAAUCAUUACGAAGGCUUUCAUGAAAGUGGCAAAAUACACCAUUGUGGCACAUAUUGUUCUGUGAAGGGAGACAAAUAUGAAGGCAAUUUCAUUGAUGGAAAGGCGCAUGGAAAAGGUUUACGCAUUUGGGCGGAUGGUGAUCAAUAUGAAGGCGAAUUCAAAGAUGAUAAAAAACAUGGAUAUGGAACGUACACUUAUGCAAGUGGUGGUAAAUAUAAAGGACAUUGGGCCAAUGAUGAAAUGAAUGGUAUGGGAACACUUGAAUGGCCUAGUGGAAGUUAUUAUGAAGGAUCAUUUAAAAAUGGAAAAAGACAUGGCAUAGGCAAGUUGACCUUUGUUAAUGGUAGAGUUCAAUAUGGUACUUGGGAAAACGACAAAUUUAUUGGUUAG